AUGUCCUGUGUGGAAGACCUGCCCUUGAUCGGGUUUUGGGGUCGGCUGGGCGUUCCAUCGUGCGGGCGGUUCGCGUUGGGCGAUCAAAAGAGGGGGCCAAUGAGCGAUCCCCUCCAAGGUACUCGGACUUGCGAUUCUGACAGCUCCAAAGUGCAGAGGUGGAUAUCAAUGUAUAUCCUCCUUACCUUUGAGUCCUCUGUACGGUGUUUUUCCUCGGCGUCAAAGACCGUCGCCGCAUCCCAGCUUCCCCACCAUCAAAGUUCCGAGCCCUGUUCGAUAGGACAUGGGGCGUUUUACUGGCCACCCUCGACGUAG